AGCAUUGGCGCAUGAAACCACCAAGUACCGAUAGCUUCGUUGAAUUAUGCGGCCAGUGCAUUCUCUCGUGUGUCCGUAAAGUAUUCGCGUCUGAAUUCACAUCACCAUGGCCGAUCUUGUCCGAGUGCACCGUUUUCGCGACAUCCCCAUCAAAGGCGUAAACUGGCAACCGACUCACUUUGUCGACGAAGUGCCCAUUUCCCGCUUGUGUGGACUGUGCCUCAUGAUUCCGAAGAGGACCGUGCGGUUGCCAUGUGCGCACUUUCUAUGCGAAUCGUGCCUCGCGGUUAAUUCCCAAGGCGGCGGUGGGCGUUGUCCGUUGGAUGACAAGCCGUUCGAAAAAGCGCGAUGUGCCAGUUACGAUAUGCCCAUCGGAACAGCAAAGGCCUUGCAGGUUUACUGCUGGAACGAAGCCCAAGGAUGCAAAUUCGAGGGCGCCUUGAAAGACAUGCUUCGACACUACAACAACAAUUGCCUAUUCCGCUCAUAUGAAGGUUCGAAAUGCGGUGAAGCAGUCCCGAACAAGAACGUCGGACCUACCAGGUAGCCGGAUGUAGUACAAAUGUUUCCUCAGCAGGCACAGAGAGCACAUCGUCAGAACUAGAGCACUGACACUUCAAGACGAGCGGAAUCCUCUAGAAGUGAAGACGCUCUUUCAGCGACCCUGUAACCUCGACAAGGUGAUCCCUGCCAUGCAAAGUCAGGAGAAUGAUCCGGUGGAACAACUCUGCAGCAAAGAAUCUAGGUUGGCCGUAGUCACAGGCGAGAUUGGACCAUCUGUACCUUUAGAGACUGCUCAACAGGCGUUCAGGGCACCCUCGAUUGUCUCGAGGAAACCG